AAAUUAAAUGGUUCUCAAUUCUCAAUCUUAAAACUGCAUCAUAAUAGGAAAUUCUCACUUACAAAAGUGUGUACAUGGGUAAACUGACAAAACCGCCCACAUGAAAACUCCCUAUGUUCCUUCCACACAAAGGAUGGUUAAAUAGGCAGUGCACCCCACUGAAGUAGAGAUGUGAUAAUUUAUGGCAAGCACAUGUGUCCCAGAACCUUUCUGACAGUCUCCUUGAUCUUUGGAGGCCUGAUAAUUUGAGAACAACUGAACAGAACACAUCAAAAGGUGCCUCCAAAAAUAAAUGAAUUCCUUUCCUCUCAGUAAGACACCAACAUUUUCAUGCUUUGCCUUCCUACAUGCUGAGAGUUAGUAUGAAAAGAAAGAAGUCAUUGAAACAUUCUACGUGUCACAUUUACAAAGCAUCACUGCUGUCAGUAAGAUGAUAGAAUCGGUUAGAAAUAGAAACUUUCGUGUUUAUCUGAGUGAACUAUGAACUCUCUAAAAAGGACAAAGGCACAGGAUGAAAGAAAGAGGGGAAGAGGCGUGUCUUCAGUAUGUCAGACAGGUUUACUGCCUCUGGCCAGUGAGACGCUCUCAUUAUUUGCAUGUGAAAACUUGAAUCCCCACCCUUCACCAGUUCUCAACACUUCUCCUGUUCAGACACAUUCAGUUAUUUUUUUUAUUUUUUCACAGAAUAACAAAUCUCCUUCAUCUUGUAACAUAGCUCAUCCAUACUCGUAUAACGCAGGAUAAGAAUGCUAAGAGACACCGCAUGAUGAUUUCCUCUUAAGUGGCAAAAGUUUUUGCAGUGUUUUUAGGAAUCCGCAUGAACACUGUGAUGGAAUCCGAAUUUUCACUGCUGUCCUCCUCAAAGGGGGAGUUCAAGGCUGAAACUUACAUACAGCCGCAUUACAAGGAAGCGUAUCGGUUAGCCAUUGACUGCCUUGUCAAAGAGGGAGAAGCUUCUUAUCGAAAUUUCAUCAAAGAAGAGGGCAUAUGCGGUUUCCUGUCUGAGGAAGAAAUCUGCCACAUUACAGAGAGUGCUGUGCAGCCACCCAACAGCAACCACUCAGAGGUAGUCGACUGUUCGCAGGAUGACACAUCCUCCACGGGCACAUAUUGGCCCACUCACUCGGACACUGACCCACCAAACCUGGAUUUAGGCUGGCCAGAAGUCCCACACAGAAGGCUUAAGACCAGCAUAGACCUGCUCUUCCACCCGCCGAGGCAAAACAGCCCCACUAUCAAGGAAGUGAUCCGCAAACAAAUACAGGAUGCCAGGCAGGUCAUAGCAAUCACUAUGGAUAUUUUCACUGAUGUGGACAUUUUUAAAGAAGUGGUGGAUGCCUCAGUCAGAGGUGUUUCUGUCUACAUUCUCCUUGACCAUAAUAACUUCAAAAGCUUUCUCAAUAUGGUAGAAAAACAAGACUUCCAAAUCCAAAAACUCAGGAAUAUGAGGAUACGCACAGUGAAAGGCCAGGAAUACUGUUGCAGAACUGGGGUAAAGUUCCAUGGAGGAAUGGGACAGAAUUUUUUUCUUGUUGACUGCCAAAAAGUGUUUUUUGGAUCAUAUAGCUUCAUGUGGUCCUAUGAGAAGAUAAACCUCAGCAUGGUUCAGGUCAUAACAGGCCAAUUAGUGGAGACUUAUGAUGAGGAAUUUCGGACAUUGUAUGCUCGAUCAACAGUCCCAGCUCAGUUUCAGACUGUCAGCAGACACCAGUGCGAGAUGAAGCCCAAUGGAAAAAUGGAUAGUUAUCUGAUUCAUGCCAGCCAACCCUUUGAAAGGAAAGAUCAUUUAAGGCAUACACUUGACGCUGUUUACCGGCAAGCCUGCGAAAGGAGAUCAGGAUUUUCGGCACUGAGAGAGGUUGAAGAAAGACCACUUGUCACACCCCAUGCUAGAUUCCUUCAAGACACAUCAGAGUAUUACAAAAGACACAGCUAUGCAGGAGAGCGGCAGGGGCCUGUGUAUCUGCCAAAAUUGCCCAAGUAUGGUUCUAGUAAUUGGAACGUGGCAGCAGAGAGCAACUGUUAUGGUGGUUUCUCCAACAAUGUUGACAAGCAGUAUGAAAGUUACGUCAUCAACCCAAUGUUCAGGGGCUCAAAUAUGCGCCAGUCUUACCACGGCCAUGACAAACAAGCUCUCAAUAUGAGGCAAAACCUGCCCAGUUUAGCAAACACUUCCAAGUCUUUCCUUCGGACAUGGAGGAUAGAGUCUUACCUCAACAACAGCAAUGAUGAACCUUACGGUGAGAACAAUGAUUAUCUGGACCAAUUUGAGGAGAAUAAAAUGGCUCCUCCACCACACUCCCGCAUCAGGUCAUCGGUCGUUUUCACAUCCACCAUACCAGAACAACCAGAGACAAACAACUACUCCAAUAAUUCAGCAUCCUCCAACUACGAUCCAUCAAAAAUUCAGUCAAAUGCUCAGAUGUAUUCUUCAAGCCAGUGGAAUCAGACAGCACAGCACGAUGACUACAUGUUAACAAUGCGCAGUUUACAGAUUUUAGAAAACUCAGGAAGUAACAAAACCAAUGGCUCUGGACGGGAUCCAAUAUAUGCAAGUUUAAAUGAAUCCAAAAAUAAAUUUGAAAACAAGGAACAUGACUACCAGCAAGAGGACCAAUACAAAAGGCACGGCGUGGCUAAUCCCAGGUGUAAUACAUAUAACAGUGAUUUAAAUGAGCCCUCUAGUUACAUAUAUUCAUCUUUACCUAGAAGACAGAAAAUCUGCAACAUGUCUGCAAACGAGAAUCCCAGAAACCAAUCAUACACACCAAAUUUAAAAGAGGACAAGAGGUCUGUCUCACAUCAUGAUUUCAAAAAGGCAGAUGAGACCACAUCAACCUCAGGAAACAUAUGGCAAGAGCUUCCCUCAAGAACUGUGUCAGCAACAUUUCUGGACAGAGAUGGCAAUCAGCCUUCAAAACCAAACAUCGCAUCAUCACAGCGCUUCCUGAAAAGGAGCACCAAGAAAAUAAAAUCCCUUCUAAACAUCCCACAAAAGGGGGACAGCUCACCGAAAGGAAAGAACUCAGAAAGUCUUCAAAUGGGAAGCAGCACUGAUACAAUUCUCUCAGAUUAUAAUGACAACGAACAAGGCAACAGAUACCAGGAUAGCACUGCCAAUUCCACCAAGUCUUUUGAGAGCAGCAUAAUGAAGCAAGCUAAUGGGAAGAUCUCUGAAGCUGAGAAUUGCUCUGUUGGCCUGGCGGGAGAGACAUCUGCGCCUCGGUUCAGCACCGAAGAGCUGCAUCCCUCUCACACCCCUGCAAGUGCAGAGACCUCCAAAACACAGGAACAACCCAUGGUCAUUUUUCAGAACGAGAAGACAGACUCAACACCCAAAUCGGAUUUCUUGUCAAAGCAACAAGUAUCAGCAAACAGACUAUAUAGUAAAUUUGACAAUAGCAGUUAUACAAACCAGCAGACGCAGGGAAAUGACAAUAGAUUUGGCCGUUUCAUUCAAAGGGUUGGAGAUUUAAUACAAAAGAAUAAGUACUGAAACAAUUAAUGAAAGGACGUUGAAGCAGAACGUGUCUGCUCCACUAAAGUGACCAACUGGAAUUGCAAAAAUUGCACAAAGUAAGGCUACUGACAUGACUCGACUUCUCAUCUCAUGUGCACAUCAGUUUUAGCAUAUCUGUUAAAUGUACGAUUAAUUUGUUAAGAUGUAAAACAAAAGUGCACCUAUUCUGUUGUUCAUGAAUUACAGUCUUCUUUUGUCAACAUAUAAAGUCAUGUUAGUGAAACAGCUUUAGCAGGUUCUAGCAUUAACACAUUAUUCGAAAAAAAAAAAAUAAAAAUCUUUUUUUCUUAAGAAAUGUCAAAGUUUUUACAAACGUGUGGCUCAGGAGAUAAAGUGUUGGUGUAAGAUGCCAUUCAGUUAAUUUAAUUAAAAAGCAGAUCUUGCGAUUUUGCACAUAAUCAGAUAUAGUACAGAAUUUGCAUCUUGGUGUCUGAGGAGAGGGCUCUGAGCUCGAAAUUUGACCCGAACCCAUAGUACUUUCCCCGUUCUUGGGUAGGAAUAAUUGAGAGUGAAGUGUUAGGGUGGAGGAGGGAUGCUGGAAAACUGUCGUGCAACAGAGCUAAGUGGAGCUAAGUUGUGUUGCUUGGGAAGAUUACUUGAACAUGCUCUUUAUGCACUUUGUUAAUAAAACAUAUUUGUAGGAAAUUGUUUUCUAAUACGUAUGAAUUCUUAAGAAAUCUCAAUCGUAUGUUCUGCUUAUGCCCGUCUGAGAAUUUGGUUUCGGGGAGUACUCUCACAGUGCAGUUUCACAAAUAAACCUCUGUUUUUUUUUGUUUUUUUUUGUCACCACUUAAAUGUUUUUGUUUGAUCGGUUUACAUUAUUAUGCAUCCCUAACCCAAGCUAAUCAUUUCAGAUAAGUUUAUGAAAUUAAAAUAUUUUCAUUCAGAAUGACAAUUAUACUGAUCAUAAUUAUUAUUUACUUUGCAUGACCUUUACUUUGCAAAAUAAUAAUGCUUCAGGUGGAAACCAAGAGGCAGGUGUUGUGCACAGAUGUGUUGACCUUUAUGUGAGCUAGGUGAUGUGCAUCCAGUACCAAAGUGAGAGUUUGUGUAAGCCAAUGUAUAAAAUUCAUGGUACAUAUGAAUAGCAACUUGAAUAACAACCAUAUGAAUAAUUAUCAGGACAAAUUUGCCUUUACUUGAAAAUUAAGACAUACAGUACAUCACAGUAGUUCUACGGAUCUACUUAAUGUAAGUGCAGCUUUCAUGGUGAACUGAUAUUAUUGCACAAUUUUAUUUGACAACCUCUUAAAAUGUAUUUAUUCAUAUGUAAAUCCUGUGAAAUAAGUGUAUAAAUGUGUGCUAUUAAGGGAAUGUCAGUCAUUCUCGUGUAUUUGAUUUAUUUUAUUUUUACCAGCAUCA